CUCGUGAACUGUUGGCGGUGGACUCCCGGCCGCAGCCAUGGCGCACUAUAACUUCAAGAAGAUCAUGGUGGUUCCGCCCGCCAAGGAUUUUAUUGAUCUGACAUUAUCGAAGACUCAACGAAAGACUCCAACAGUUAUCCAUAAACAUUAUCAAAUUCAUCGUAUUAGACAUUUUUACAUGAGGAAAGUCAAAUUUACUCAACAGAAUUACCAUGACAGACUCUCUCAAAUUUUAACAGACUUCCCUAAAUUGGAUGAUAUCCACCCAUUUUACGCUGAUUUGAUGAAUAUUCUCUAUGACAAGGAUCAUUACAAGUUGGCUCUAGGACAAAUAAAUAUUGCCAAAAAUUUAGUGGACAAUGUUGCGAAAGAUUAUGUGCGACUCAUGAAAUACGGAGAUUCUUUGUACCGCUGCAAACAGCUGAAACGUGCUGCCCUUGGGCGAAUGUGUACUAUUAUCAAAAGACAGAAGCAGAGCUUGGAGUACUUGGAACAAGUACGCCAACAUUUAUCCCGUUUGCCGACCAUUGAUCCAAACACCAGAACUCUGCUUUUGUGUGGGUACCCCAAUGUUGGAAAAUCCAGCUUCAUCAAUAAGGUGACAAGAGCUGAUGUGGAUGUUCAGCCUUACGCCUUCACAACUAAGUCGUUGUUUGUUGGGCACAUGGAUUAUAAAUACCUUCGUUGGCAGGUUGUGGAUACUCCAGGGAUUUUAGAUCAGCCUCUGGAAGAUCGGAACACCAUCGAGAUGCAGGCCAUCACGGCACUGGCCCACCUUCGUGCUGCCGUCCUCUACGUAAUGGAUUUGUCUGAGCAGUGCGGGCAUGGGCUGAAGGAGCAGCUGGAGCUCUUCCAAAACAUUAAGCCUCUUUUUAUCAAUAAGCCACUUAUAAUUGUAGCAAACAAAUGUGAUGUGAAGAAAAUCGCUGAACUUCCUGAAGAUGAUCAGAAAAUAUUUAUCGAUUUGCAGACCAAAGGAUUUCCUGUAAUAGAGACCAGCACCCUGACUGAGGAAGGUGUUAUUAAGGUUAAGAUGGAGGCUUGUGAUAGGCUUUUGGCUCACCGAGUUGAAACCAAAAUGAAAGGAAACAAAGUGAAUGAGGUGCUGAACAGAUUGCAUUUGGCUCUACCAAACAAAAGGGAUGACAAGGAGAGACCUCCUUUCAUCCCAGCAGGAGUAGUGGCACGUAAGAAGAGAAUGGAGAUUGAGGAGCCUAAAAGAAAAAGGGAACGAGAUAUUGAACUGGAAAUGGGAGAUGAUUAUAUUUUGGAUCUUCAAAAGUACUGGGACUUAAUGGAUUCAUCUGAGAAAUCCGAUAAAAUUCCAGAGAUCUGGGAAGGCCACAAUAUAUCUGAUUAUAUUGAUCCUGACAUCAUGAGGAAACUGGAAGACUUGGAGAAAGAGGAAGAACUAAGAAGAGCUGCUGGAGAGUAUGACAGUGACUCCGAAAGUGAAGAUGAGGAAAUGAUGGAGAUCCGGCAGCUGGCCAAACAGAUUAGAGAAAAAAAGAAAUUGAAAAUUCUUCAAUCCAAAGAAAAGAACACACAGGGACCCAGAAUGCCUCGAACUGCUAAAAAGGUUGAACGGAAAGUUUUGGAGAGUGAGAUGCGAAGUCUUGGGGUUGACAUGGAUGAUAAAGACAAUGCCCACUAUGCAGCCCAGGCAAGACGAUCUCGGAGUGUCACUCGGAAAAGAAAACGGGAAGACUCUGUUCCACCGUCUUCUCUCGCCCGGAGUCGUAGUUGCUCUCAAACACCACGUGAUGUGUCUGGUCUUCGCGAUGGCAAGAUGGUGAAGAAAGCCAAGACGAUGAUGAAGAAGGCUCAGAAGAAGAUGAAUCGCUUGGGGAAGAAAGGGGAGGCUGAUAGGCACGUGUUUGAUAUGAAACCCAAACACUUACUUUCUGGAAAGAGGAAAUCUGGUAAAAAAGACAGGAGAUAGUGUCUUUUUCCAUUGAAAGUGCUUGACUGAACUGUGGAGGGGGGUUGUUUCUUUUGUUUUGAUAUUUGUUUGGGUUUAUGUAUAGAAAUAUAUACAAAACAAUACUUAGUAUUUUAAUCACGUUUUAGUUAACUACAUUCUUGCUCUCGUUUGUUUUUGGUUUGCUUUGGUAUUUCAUGAAGUUUAGGGUAAAGAUCAUAAGUUGGAAGUAACUUGUACUAACUUGUACUUGUUGCUUUGCUGAAAAUCAUGGUUAACUUUUAAGACUUCAAGUGUGAUGAAUUUUUUGUUAGACCUUAAUAUUACAAAUAGCAAAUAUAUAAUUAUAUUACAAAUAGCUGGAAUGGACGGUGGAUUUUACAUUUAGUAGAGUUUCAAUGCUUCAGAGUCACAGAAUUGGAAAGACAUACCAAUGUAAUAAUGCUUUUAAUGGAGAAAAUCUUUUCUUCUGCAAGGGGAACCUUUGUCCCCCCCACACAAAUGGUUUCUUUGGCAGGAAACACUUGUGUGUUUUAGGGAACUGCUGGCUACCAGGGAUGUGUGCCCUGGGCUCGUGCGGGAAUGGUGGCGAUGAGUGUAUUGGGACCUCAGAGCUUCAGGUGCUCUCCUGAGUUAGUUGUUAGUUUUGUACAAUAUAUUCAUUGUAAAUCUGUCCUC